AUGGAUAACUCACAACCUCGGAAUCGACGACUCGUAACCUAUGGCUCUGCUGCCAAAAGUCAACCUUCGCCGAAUACCGAAAAAUCAGUGCGCUCAUCUGCCGCUAGAACAAAUCCUAAAGAAAUGCCCUUGCCAAGCUCGUCACGUCCCUCACGGCCAUUCUACACCAGAUUACAGCGCGACAAAAAUGGAGAUAAACAACCGCCUGGAUCGGCGGACACGACAACGACUCGAGGUCUUACACAGCCAAAGCCUAUCGCAGAAUCUAAUGUGUAUGACUUUCCCUCUUCAGACGAUGAACAAAUGUCCAUGAUUCAGAGAAAGCGAAGACGAUAUAGCCCCGAUGGAAACAAGGCCGUUCCUGCGAUUAAGCGAUCCGCGAAGCCAAGCGACACGGAGAAUGGAGAUCGUAAAGUGUCGUCACAAAUGAGGAAGAAGGAGCCCGUGCCCGGUGGAAACAAGGUCGUUCCUGUGACCAAGCGAUCUGUGAAGCCAAGCGAGACAGAGGGUGGAUAUCGUAAAGCGUCACCACAAAUUGGGAAGAGGGUGCUCGAUGCCCGGGGGCUUUUGACUAAAAAGCCAGAAGCCGAUCAGCAGACAAGUCCCGUGACGUCGAUAUCAGAUUCAAGGACUGGGAGAUCUACGCGGAGCCAGAAUAAGAUAUCUAGUCCCGAGCAUGAAAUGAGCAUAUUAGCCGAGGAGAGCCCUGGGAAUGCAGACUCCGCGCCAAAUAGCUCGCCGGACAUCGACCAGGACUAUCCCAUUAAAGCGAACAUCACACCUGGGCGAAGGCGACUGAUUGACUCGCUUGGGAUCACGGAGCACCCCGUUGAAACAUCUCCAGUGGCUGAAACAUCAGCAGAGAGUACCGUCGAUAGUCAGCAGUCUCCGAAUCCAAUCCUUCCCGACCGAGCUUCGCCAAGUGCAGCUGUGAAGGAGUGUCCUGCUGAAAACCAGAUUCAAGACUCUCCUGCCUCAGUUCCAUCUCAUUUGCGAGAUGACCUUUCGACGCCCAAUGAUUCAUCUGGUCCAAAACACCGCUCUCAAUCUGUCCAACGCCAGUUGAAUUACGAGGCCACUUCCACUGCCCGUUUAAUCGUGCCAAAUGAGGAUACGAAUGAGGAUGGAUCAGUCCGAAGUAUUCAUGAACUCAGGCAAGCUGGGGGAAACGCUCGUUACCGAGGUGCCGUCGAAUCUAUAUUUGAGGAUAUCGAAGAUCCGCAAAACUCAUUGUCGGGUCGAUGCAAUGCCUUCCUCCAAUUGUGUGGCAAACUUCUAGAUACUGGGCUCAAACGACGGUUUGUCGAAUGCAAUUUUGACAAAAGGCUUGUGGAUUGUCUGUCCAUGGACCUCCAGGUGGUCCCCACUAUUCUGGCUUUCUGUGCCUAUGCGCUGGCAUCAUCAGAUGGACACAUGUCUUAUGUUCUUGCAACUUCCGCAUGGCCCAAGCUUCUAGAUGCAUCGCCUGCUUUAUUGGACAUGCAAGAUGAUAUACUGGUGACCGCAAGAGCUCAAGCCAGCGGCCUUUCUCGGCCCUUGCAAAAGACCUUUCAGAACACCAUUCCACAGAUAGCUUCCAUGCUGUUCCCCGAUACUGCAUUAUCGAAACUAUCCCCAUGUACUUUGACAUUUUAUUGUCUGAGGUCGACGAUUUCUACGAUGCAAACCAAAGGCGAGAACCCUAGCCUCUCCACAUCUCUUCUGAAACCGUUGGUUCAAGCGCUCGUGUCCGAAAGCCAACGUUGUGUUUCAUUGAAAAAAAUACACCCAGAGAGCUCUCAGAUACUGUGUAUGGGAUUUUCAAUCUUGGAAGCUUCUACUGCAUCGGCUGAGUCGCUCACGAAAGAGCAUUGGGGUAUCCUAGACCCGCUCUCUGAGCUUCACAGCCUGCUCUCAACCCCCCCUCUCUGUGAUAGAUUUGCAAACCCAGAGAUGGUUGGUGGACUGGUCCACAUUGCCUCUGCAAACUUUGGUGAUUUGACCGAAGAUGCGCUUGGACAAGCGAAUAAUUCUCUGGACAGCGUGAUAUUGGCGCUCGGCGCACUUAUCAAUCUGACUGAACAGAGUGAAGCAUCAAGAUCUAUUUUUCUUCACUCUGCUGGCUCCUCAAAGCCUUUCCUUGAUCAACUCUUGCAUUUGUUCAUGGCUCAUGUUGAGUCCAUCUCCACGGCUCAUUCGGUCCUGGAAGUACACCACAACGUUGCUGUGGGAUAUUUGGCCGUCCUUUUACUAACCCUGAGUUUGGAUCCUGAGACUCGGUCCAAAAUUAAAAGCUCACUCGCUCCCAACGGAUUAACACCGGUGAUAUCUACCGUUGAUGAAUUCCUGCAAUACCAUCAGAAGAUCGAACAAGAAACCUCCACUUUCCCAACCCAGGGACAGCCAGCGAGUGGGUUCCUGUCUAGAUUACAAGAACUUAUCACUCGGAUUCGACUGGCAGAGCAAUGA